GGACCAUAAAAGAUCGGACUCGUUACACCUUUUUGGGCUCUACAAAACCCUACCUUUGCUGCUCGCGUCUACCUCAGUCUUCCUCCCGACGCUUCUGCUUCGGAACAACGCUCGUAUUCAGAUCUAAUAUCAGAAGCGGACGCUUUCUCCGAUAAGCAAUGGCGCUGGUGUUGCAUGCAGGAAAAACAAACAAAAAUGCUUUCAAAGCACUCAUUGCUGCAGAGUACAGUGGUGUCCAAGUUGAACUGGUCCCAAACUUUGAGGUGGGUGCAAAUAAAACCCCAGAGUUUAUCAAGAUGAACCCCAUUGGGAAGGUUCCUGUGCUGGAAACUCCUGAUGGACCCAUUUUUGAGAGCAAUGCCAUUGCACGUUACAUUACUCGCUUGAAGCCUGACAACCCUCUUUAUGGCUCUGCAUUGAUAGAUUAUGCCCGUAUUGAACAGUGGAUUGACUUUGCUUCAUUGGAGAUUGAUCCAAAUAUUUUGAAUUGGUACAGACCAAGAAUGGGAUACGGAGUUUACCUUCCUCCAGUUGAGGAAGCUGCUAUUUCUGCGCUGAAGAGAGCCCUUGGUGCUUUGAACACACAUUUGGCUUUAAACACCUACCUAGUUGGUCAUGCUGUGACUUUGGCCGACAUUAUAUUGACUUGUAACUUGUUUUUGGGAUUCACCCACCUUAUGACUAAGAGCUUCACUGCUGAGUUCCCUCAUGUUGAGAGAUACUUUUGGACUCUGAUUAAUCAACCAAAUUUCAAAAAGGUACUGGGUGAGGUAAAGCAGUCUGAUAAGGUCCUGCCGGUUCCAUCUGUGAAGAAGCCUUCCAAGCCUAAAGAAGCUGCUAAAUCAAAGCCUAAGGAAGAGCCAAAGAAGGAAGUUAAGAAGGAAGCUGCCCAGCCUGCAGCAGAAGCUGGUGAGGAAGAGGAGGCACCAAAACCCAAACCAAAGAAUCCACUUGAUCUACUUCCCCCAAGUAAGAUGAUACUGGAUGAGUGGAAAAGGCUUUACUCAAAUACCAAGACCAAUUUCCGCGAAGUUGCAAUUAAAGGUUUCUGGGACAUGUAUGAUCCCGAGGGGUAUUCGCUUUGGUUCUGCGACUACAAGUACAACGACGAGAAUACAGUCUCAUUUGUUACUAUGAACAAGGUCGGUGGAUUUCUUCAACGGAUGGAUCUGGCACGCAAAUACGCGUUCGGGAAGAUGUUGGUGAUUGGGUCGGGGCCCCCAUUCAAGGUGAGGGGACUGUGGCUUUUCCGUGGCCAGGAAAUCCCGCAGUUUGUGCUGGACGAGUGCUAUGAUAUGGAGCUGUAUGACUGGAGAAAGGUUGACAUCGCGGACGAAGCCCAGAAGGAAAGGGUCAACCAGAUGAUAGAGGACCAGGAGCCCUUCGAGGGGGAGGCUCUUUUGGAUGCCAAGUGCUUCAAGUAAGUGAUCAGAUCAUCAUCAAGAAGUCGUCUUAGAAUUUGUCUCAUGCUGUUCUGUUGGAUGGAUACAUUUGAUAGUAAUCUAGCAUUUUUGAGUGUUUAAAGACCUUUAAGGUGUAGCAAGCAAGCAUAUGAUGAUCUAUAUUUUUGUAGUCUGCCUUGAGUGUUUUAUCCAUCUUCUCUUCUGUACUGUAAUUUUGCCAUUGCCAAGUAAUAUAUUUUAUAGUUGUGCUGGGUGCAUUGCAUACC